ACGCACAUGCGUGGUCGGACUUGACAGGAUCCGUGAUCCGUGGGUAAUUUCAGUGUCUUCGGAUUUUAGACUGUUAUAACAUCUUGUUAUUUAUAUUUUUCGAAAAUGGGAUCACGUAUUUUGCUACGGCAAUGUGUUAAAGAACUUAGAAAUAACAAUAAGCAAUGGAUUGAAAGAGCUAUUGCUACAAACGCCCAAUGCAAUACUAAUAAAUUAGUUGAUAUUAAUAAAGCAUUGGAAGUACCUGAAGCUGAACAGGAAUCUACAGAAAAAUUUCUCAAUCCUAUGGAAUUUGAUAGACAACAGCAAUUAAAGAAAUAUAUUGCUGUCUCAUCUCAAGAAAAUAUUCCGAUAGUAACUGGUAUUCCGGAGGAGCAUAUUAAGACUCGUAGAGUACGUAUUUAUCAACCACCAAAGAAUGCAAUGCAGUCAGGUACAAAUAAUAUACAUAACUGGCAAAUUGAUUACGACACUCGUGAACGCUGGGAAAAUCCUCUGAUGGGAUGGACUUCGAGUGGAGAUCCUCUGUCCAAUUUAAAAGUUGAGUUUGCUACAAAAGAAGAAGCUAUUGCGCACUGCAUUAAAAUGCAGUAUGAGUAUGAAAUUCAGAAACCAAAUCGGUCUCAACCCAAGCCCCGUUCCUAUGGUGAAAAUUUUUCUUGGAACAAACGCACUCGAGUAUCUACGAAGUAAAGCCAAUAUGGUAAGCAAUAUUUUUGCACUGUACAGUAGUCAAUGGACGCAUAAUAUUGAGGUCCAAUAAUUCUAUCUGUAUCAUAAUUAAAUAAAUGUAAAAAUCUGGUAAU